AUGCUCUCCGAAAUCCGAUCGCAACUUUCUGAGAGUCAAGAUAGAUGGAAAAACAAAACAAGCAUUCCCUCGUCUCCAUCCCGAAAAGAGGGCCUCAACAGCAUUCAGAAGCGGUUGGCCGAGUUGAAUUCGUCAGCCGACGAUUGGCGCCGAAAAGUGCGCAAAGAUGUUUCGCCGACGCGGAAACCCACGCAAAAAGUGCAUCCGCUGGAAAAACAAACGCUAAACUACGAGAAACUGUUAACGCCUCAGCCAUCAAAAGCGAACACUUUACAUAAUAUCGACUCUGGACUAAACACGUUUUUCUCUGCCACCGUUCCACUUACGUCAGUUACUAAAAAUGAAGGCGAAUUGCAAAAGGAGGAGAUCGAUUUGGACGCUAUUCAGCCAUCACAGAGGCUAUCCACCCCAAGACGACUAGUGCCUCGACCGGGUCGACCAGCACGACGAAAGGCUGGAACCGAUCGUCUAAAAGCGAUUGACGUUGAUAGUGUGCAUUGUGAGGAGGAUCUUCGGGAUCAUUUGGUUAUUGAGGAGCUUGAUGACGAUAUGAGCACACCGGUGGCUACAAGUGCUAGAAAGGGAUUACAGUCAAUCGAGAACUAUGACGCAGCAAAGAGUGCUCUGAAGCAAGCCGAUCUCGUUUCCCCGUUUCCUGACGUGAUGUUGAUUCGAAUCAUGGGUGAGAAGAAAGUCGACGUUCGUUUGGUUGAGCCAAAGGGUUCAUCUGUUCAUCAGCACGGCUGCUUUGUGCUUGUCACGCCGAAAAGACUCUUUCUCUAUACAGGAUCAGAAAGCAAUAUUCUUGAAAAGACAAAGGGGGCUCAAAUGACAACAUCGAUCAUUCAAAAGAAAGAUCUCUUUUGCACAGCUGAAUGCGUUGAACGGGUUGAAGGAUCAGCGCCGGCUUUCUUUAAAACACUAGGAGGUGAUUCAUCAAAUUCAUCGUUCAUCCGCCCGGCUGAACCCUUCGAAAAUCUCGCCGCUUCAGCGAAUCUUAUCCUCCGGGUCACCGACGACUACAAAAUUCAGUCGAUCGUCAAAGGGGAACGGCCACGUUUCAAGAUUUUCCAACCAAAUGAGACUUUGAUUCUCGACUUUGGCUCCGAGAUUUACAUUUGGAGUGGGCGAAACGCGAGAAAGACAAGCGGAAGAUACGCAAAGGAGUAUGUGAACAAAUUGAUCAAGUGCGGUCUUGGGUGCAGCGAGAUUUUUGGAUGCGAUAUGUCAGUGAAGAGGCCCGAGUGGGUCAUUGUGAGACGGGUCUUCCAGGGAGUCCAAGACGUUCUCUUUGCCUCAAAGUUCGCCGAUUGGGAAACAAGUGAGAUGAAAAAUUUGUUCAAAACGCCGAUAUCAACGAAACAAAUUCCUCGACGAGAUCCUGAACAAGAUGCGAUCGAUUUAGCUGAAAAGAUUAGAUCCUUCGAGCAUCAACUCCCCGUACUUGUCCUUGAAGACUAUGAAUUUGAGAGGCAAACAAAAGAUGUAAUCACUGAAGACAUUGCUUUCUGGGUGCUACAGGGAGAGGAAUUAGAGAAAAUCCAAAAGACAAACGUUUUGUGGAGUGAUGAGUGCUAUGUGGUGCGGUGGCAGUACAGGAUUCAGUUGUCAGGUGUAAGACGGCUAAAAGACGGCUCUGAGGUUGAGCGGGAGACAGGCCGACAACGAAUUGCGUAUUUCUAUUGGUUAGGCAAGUGGACAUCACCAAAGCUUCAAGGUCUUUGCGCGCUGAAGCUUUCACAUAUGGAUAAAGAGAAGAGUCCUCAUGUUCGACAAGAACAAGGCGCUGAGCAUCCGGUUUUUCUAGAGCUUUUUGAAGGAAAAUUAUUGAUCAGAGAUAGAAACUUGAAUGAUCAUCUUUUCGUCAUUCGAGGCUCAUUGUCAAGUGAAACUACACUUGAACAGAUCAAAAAAGAGAACCCAUUGAGGAGUCAUGCUGUUUAUUUGGAGGCAAUAGCCAACAAACCAGUCACUCUUCAUGUCGGUGCACAUUGUUCUGAAGUUCACGUGUCAAGCGGACUUCGUAUGGCCACACUUCUCGUCGAUUUGAAGCUAGCUGCUAGUGGAGAGGCAAUAGCUCGGGUACAAGGCGACAACGAUACAUCGAUCAAAUGGAUUAUCGCUAAAAAGAGGAUUAAAGCACCAAGAAUGUUUAGACUUUUCGAUUUCGAAGCAGAAGAGGUUCAAUCAAACUCAUUCCAUCCGAGUGGCGUUGCGCCGUUUCCACAUUUACAGAAAGAACUUCGCGAUUCGGUGCUGAUCGAUGCCGGUGAAGUGCUUUGGCUUUGGUCAGAAGUCACUCCAAGUACCCAUGUUUUAGAAACAGGAUUAAGAUAUUGGGAUAAACGAGUUGGGCCUUGCACAGUCGUAGAGAAAAGAGCUGAACCACCAGAGUUCGUUGCUCUUUUCCAGGAAUGGGUUGAGUGGCCAAAAGAAGAAAUAACCAGUCCUGACUCAAGUCCUCCACGUGCUUUAAACGAAUGUCUAUCGGAGCGGCGGCGCACGUUCACCCCGUAUCAACUUCGAGAUCGGGACUCUUUGCCGCCAGGAGUGGAUCUUUCUCGAUUGCACAAGUACCUCACCGAGGAUGAUUUUGAGAAGGAAUUCGGGAUGUCACCGAAAGAUUUCUCGGGUCUUCCCCAAUGGAAACAAGUUCGAAUGCGAAAGGAUUUGGGGCUAUUU